GGGCAGUCUCUGAUAAGAAAGACCUUUAUAAGUCAGAGGCGAAGAGAAGUCAGCCCACAGACCCCCGAUCCAUUGAAAGACCAGCUGAUCUUCCUCUUAUUCUAAAGAUGAUUCUGAAAUUCAUUAUCUUCACCUUAUCACUCUCAACAACUUUAGCAUACCCUUUACACAGUGACUCCAGGGAGGCACCCUGGGUUGACUCAAAGGCAAAUCACGUAUUUGACAAGACAAACCUCUCAAAAGAUGGACAUGGGAUCUACAAAAGCAUCAUAGAUAGCAGUGGCCUUUACACGCUUGACAAUGAUGACAUGAAGCAUCCUCUUGCAGAGGAAAUGCAACGUAAGCUCACCAUGGAGUCAGAGCGUCUGCGGGUUCGUCUGCGCCAGGAGCUGGCCGAGCUGAGGGAGAGGUUGUCUCCAUCUCCAGCUCAUCUUAGAGUCACCCUGGCAAGCAUGAGGGAGCGCCUGAAUCCCCUCACCCAGCAGCUCCAGCGCUCUUUGAGCAGCAAUACUCAGGAUUUGUGCAGCCAGCUUCAGCUGUACCUUCAGGGCCUCGAGAAAUCAGCGACUAAGGCAGAGGCCAGUGCUGCUCUUUAUCAAGAAGCAGUCCAGUGGAUGAGCCAAACUCUAGAGAGCAGCAGCAUCCAGUUAGCCAACCUCAUCAGUGACUUUCAAACCUCAGCAAGUGAUGUGAUUAAACAUCUAAAGCAGAGAGAUGAUGCUGAAGGAGACGCCGUUGGCUCAGAGGUCUGGCAGGCAGUGAGCUCCAAGUUGGGGGAGGAAGUGAGUUCACUGAGGAACGAGGCACAGAGCAGGUUGGAAGCUCUCAGAGCACAGCUGGCAGCUAUGCUGGAGUCACCUCGGUCUCCUCAGACUGAAGUGGCAUGUGGUUUAGAGGAAUUCUGCCAUAACGCAGCUCUGCAGAGUCAGGCUCUACCUGCCCGAAUAGAGAGGCUGUUUAUAGGUGUGGAGGAGGAGGUUGGUGGCGCCCCGUCUCUGCCUUCCGCCUCAGUCAUGCAGGAAGGAGGAUCUUUGCGGGAAGACUUCUCAGUUAAACUCUCUGCUCUGAUACAGGAUAUUAUGCACUCGGUGCAGUAACAAAAACUCUCACAAAUGCACUUAACAAGAAAACAUCUUGAUCAUUCAUCCUGUAUUUUGCCAUUGUGUCAGAGUAGAAACUGGCUGUAAACAUGAGUAAAUGAAAAAUGAAUGCAUUUAAAAUUUCUCAGUUUUUCACAUUCUGUAUGCAAAUGAUGAAGAAAAUAUUAUCAGGUAUUUUACUCUGCGUAAAAGUU